CGUAGCACGGAUAAGCAGCGGGCGUCCGCUGUCAGCCGCUCGGCGCGGCGGCGCUUCGUGCUUAUCCGUUGUAGGUUUAUUUGUUUCCGGGGUCGCCGUCUUUACCCGGAUGCGAAAGCACGUGGUGGUUGGAGGUCUUACUCCUCUGUCUUUCUCGCUCGCUCUCUCUCUCUCUCUUAGGCAGGGCCUCGACCCGAAACGUCGGACUGCUUGCUUAAAAAAAAGGGCGCGCGGCGCGCUAGCCACGAGCGCGUUGCUAACUAGCGCUUAGCUAGUAAUAGUAAUAAUAACUGCUACUACCACCUCCACACUAACUAGUACUCGCCCCCUGUCACUAAUUAGUACUGGUCCACCUCCACCCCUCCAUCUCUUCUGUCUCUACCCCUGUAGGCGGCACAGAUGGUUCGUUUCAAACACAGGUACCUGCUGUGUGAGGUGAGACUUCCUCCCCUGCGACCGCUGCGCCAGUUACUCCACCACCGCUCCGUGCGCUCGGCACUCCGCCUGGCCAUCGCCGAGAUGCACGGAGACUACGGACUCGCAGCCUGUGAGGCCGGACUCGCAGUGAAGUAUGUGAACGCCCACACGGGCUCGGUGCUGAUCCGGGUUCGUCAGCGCAGCCUCCAGCUACUGACGUCGGCGCUGGCCGUCAUCACCAGCCUGCAGCAGCAGCAGCAGCGUUCCCCCUGUGCCUUCCACCUGCUGCACGUGGGUGGCACGAUUAGAACCUGUCAGAAGUUCCUUCUGAAGCAUCACCAGCAGCGUCAGGAGCAACUGUUGAAGGCAUGCAACACAGAGGAGGAGAGGGAGGCGUUACGAGGAGCCAUGGCCAUGAGCUGUCCACUGCUGGACAGCGCCGACGAUCACGGGGAGUUCUUCGGCGUGGACGUGGAGAGCGCCUGACGGGGCGGGCGACGUUGGGGGAGAGUUGUGGAAGAGUUGUGGGGGGAUUGGAGGGAGGAGCGGAGAGGGUGGAGGGAGUACAAGUGCACGGAUGGACACACGCAGGCACACACAGACACGAGGAUGGACAGGCACACC